UGGUGACUCUGUGGCGGGGCGGGGAUGCUGCUGCCCGGGGCCGUAUCCCGCUGCCGCCGGGACUCCUCUUUCUCCUGCUGCAGCCGCCGGGCACCUCCCAGCCCCCUCCCGCCGCAGCCGCCCGGGAGCUGAGCCCCGAAGCUAGCGGCACCAUGAGCAGGAACCAGCCCCGCUGGGGGCACCGGGAAUCAUAUGUAAAAGACAUUAAAUACCCAGAGUCAUCAUUCCUCUCUGAAUGCAGAUCGCUUUCAUCUCAGGCAUCAAAAGAACAAAAAAUGCCAAGUCUAAUGUCUGACCACAAAUAUCUGAAUAAUAAAGCCUCAGGAAGAUCAUUGGGCUGUUUUCCCUUUGAAAGUAACUGGAGGAGCGCAUUGUUAAAGACAGAGAGGAUAAAAAAAGAAUACUCUUCAACCUUUGACUUGAGAGACUGCGAGGAGAGUGCUGCAGUACCAAACCUUACUCAAGGAGUCCAGAGCUAUCAAGAAAACCCAUCUCCUAUUCUGCAGAUGAAAAAAGGAUUUGCAUAUGGUGCUGCUAAACCAUUUCCAACUGGUUGGAACGCCAUGCUUCCCACACAGGUGUCCACCGAACUUACGUAUAUAAACAGGGGAGUAACUUUUCUCAACAGAUAUGUUUCUCUUCACUCCCUCCCCUGUCUCCCAUCCCUUGGUCCCUCCCCAUAUAAAAGAUGUGAGGGGGACAAAUCCCCUCCUUGUAAUUACACCAGUGCUAUCCACAAAGUAGUUUUGUCUAGGGCUUUUUUCUUAUGGUCUUCAGUAUGGUUUACAAACUGCUGCCAUGUGCGGAUAAGCUGUCUGGAGUCAUUUCUGGACAUAAAUAAAUAUGAUGGGUAAACAAUGGCAAAAAUAGCAUGUGGCACUUAGUUUUCAACAUACUAAGUCCCUAAAAAUAUGCUGUUUUCAGCGAAAUAUAGUAUAUGUAAUAUUCUGCUAUCAUUAGCAUGUAUUGCACUUCAUAUUUUUGUUACAACUUGCUCAUGCCAGUGAAUCUUUUCUGAAUCAUUGUUCUUGAUAAUGAUAAAGCAAACAAUAAUUAAUUACAGAGUAAUAUAAUCUGUACUCAGUAAAAAGAGUGGCCUUUCAUACAUUCAUUCUUACUCCUUAAAACAGUUUGCCAGAAAUUCACCCAUUAUUGAAAUUUUUGUUGGACUGUCUCUCCUAACAGACUGUAGCUGGAAUUUAGUCCUAAUUCUCCUAUGAUUUUAUAAUCAAAAAUACUACUUAAAGGAUUCUUAUUUCAGACACAUGUCAUCUCACAAUGUUAAUGAUCUUUGUUCUGGGAUGGUAUUCAGUGAAGCAUGUUAUACAAUGGAUUAUCAUUUUAAUACAGACUUCCGUUAUCUGUUUAAAUCUUGUUCUAAUUGUUUUUAGCUCUUAUAGUGAAGAUGAGCAUAAUUGUGUGCCAACUUCAUACAUACUUCCACAGACCUCAUCACAGUACUUAGGAUACGAGUUUUGC